GUGAGGGCCAAUGCGCAUAGCUAACAGGUGCCAUGGAGUUGAAAAAGGAAAACUGUGAAAUAACCAUAGAUAUGCUCCUUAUAGUUCACCCCGAGAAGAGACGGACUGUGCAGAGGGACAGACAGACGGAUCCUGCUGCUUCGCUGCAAUGCCGAGGCUUCCAGGGAAUCGGAAAUGGAAACCGAAGGCGGCAAAAAUUUGAAGGAAACGAACUUCGAGGAAACGUGGCCCAGACACAGCACCAUCAGCAGACGCAAGUCAUCACGUCCUAUGACAACGAAGGAACUCAUUUAACUGUGGAGAUACACCCUCGGAACAAAACACCACAGCUACUUAAGAAAUUCUCCUUUGACAAACGUUUUCAAGGCGAUCGGAAUGGAAACACAAGACCACAGCAGCCAGGAGGGAAAGAUGCCCAUGCCUACCCUUGGGAUCGGUCUAGUCUGAAGUCCAUGCCAUUAGACCUACGGCAGUUUGAAAAAUUGGAUGCAUAUGCCUCCAAGGUGGAGGUCAAAUCUGGUUUGGAAGAACUGGUGAAAGACUUGCUCCAGGAAGCUCAUACAGACCUGGAGAAAGUCAGAGCCAUUUGGGUAUGGAUAUGCCAUCACAUAGAGUAUGAUAUCGUGGCUGCCCAGGAGAAGGACCGCCGGUCCUACAAGCCCACUGACAUUCUGCAGAGCCAGAAGAGUAACUGUGAUGGGUAUGCCGAGCUCUUUGAGAAAAUGUGCAGACUUGCGGGGGUGCAUUGCAUGACAGUGGCUGGAUACUCCAAGGGCUAUGGCUACCAAACUGGACAGAGCUUUUCAGGGGAAUAUGACCAUGCCUGGAAUGCUGUUUACCUGGAAGGAAGAUGGCAUCUAUUGGACAGCACGUGGGGAAGUGGCCUGGUAGAUCCUGCUACCACCAAAUUCACCUUCAUAUACAAUGAAUUCUAUUUCCUCACCCACCCUGCCCUGUUCAUCGAGGACCACUUCCCAGACAAUAAGAACUGGCAACUGCUGAAACCUGUCCAGUCUCUGAGACAAUUUGAGACCAAUAUGUACCAUAAGAGUGAAUUUUACAACAAGGGGAUGCUGUCAGCCCAUCCAGAGACAUCAGUCAUCAAAACAGUAGAUGGAAAAGCCACCAUUUCCAUUGAGAGCUGUUCUCCAACACUCUUCAUGUUCAUGCUCAAUGGAAAACAAGAAAAUGGCAUAAUGACUUUCAAGAAGAAUGGGAUGAAGCUGGAGGUAUACCCCCAGACCACUGGCACCCACAAGUUACAGAUCUUUGCUAAAGGCACCUCAGACCUCUACAGCUCUGUGCUGGAAUAUACCCUGGAGUGCAACUCAGUGGAUAGGAGCAUUCAACUUCCAUCUGAACUCCACCAGCCCGUGGGCCCCAGCUGGUUCUCUGAGCAAGCAGGCAUUCUGAAGCCUUCACACCCUGAUCCCAUCAUCCACACCAAGGAUGGGCGCUGCUCCAUCAGCUUUGGGGUGGAGGAGGGCAUCAGUGUCUUAGCCUCAUUACACGGUGAUGAGAAAAUAACCGAGGAGACACAGCGACGCUACAUCUUCCAGCUCCAUGGGGAAAAGAGAACAGAGCUGAAAGUCCAACUCCCCUAUGCAGGGAAGUUUGCCCUGAAAAUCUUUGCCAAGAAGAGGUUGGAUCCGGGCAACUAUGUCUUCAUCUUCAAUUACCUCCUCUGUUGCUCUAAUACUAAAGUGAAAUGGCCCGUGUUCCCGGAGAGUUUUGGCAACUGGGGUCAGGACAAUGAGCUGCUAGAGCCUCUGUCUGGGGUGCUGCCGGCCAACCGGAAUAUCCCAUUUAAACUGAAGCUCCAUGGGGUAGCGGAAGCAUUAGUGAAAGGGCAGGACACGUGGCCUCUGACGCUGAGCCAAGACGGCUACUGGGAGGGUACCUGUAAUACUGCCGGCUGCCGAGAGGUUUAUGUCAUGGUUUUGGAGAAUGCCAACCACAACUUCUACUCCUACAUCCUGAAAUACAAAGUGACGGCCCAAUGACAAUCCUUGAGCUCCCUCUACUCCAUCUUUCUGGAUGGACAUUUCUCAUUUUUCCAGCUCAGCACAGUUAGAAUAGUAGGCUGAAAAGAGGAGAGAAGGAGAGGGAGGGAGAGAGAGAGAGAGAGAGAGAGAGAGAGAGAGAGAGAGAGAGAGAGAGAGAGAGAGAGAGAAAAGAAAAGGGAGGGAAUUAAAGUAUAAGACAACAUUAUCUAAGAAAUAGAAAGGGCCUGAAAAGCUAGUUGCCUAGCACUUGUUCUGCCUUUUGCUAACUCAUUGAGUGACCUUCAUGAAGUCACUUAUCUACUCAGUAAUUCAGUUUUCCUUUUUGCAGAGGGGAUAAUGAUACUUAUAACCUAUUCACUUUGCAAGGAAGUUGUAAGAAUAAGAUGAUAGAUGUGAUGGUGCUUUAGUAAAUAAGGUGCUAUAUCCAUCCAAGGUUUUGUGAUCAUAGUAUAAAACUCUGUUAUAACGUUGAUGUGGGGGAACAAUGAUACUGACCAUGUUAUAGGGUUUCCUCAUUGUAAAGACAGAAUUGCCCCCAGUGUUCAGGGACUAUGAAAUGAUCACAGAGGAUAAACCAAAUCUAUUCAAUACUAAAGGACGGAAUUAUAUGGUAUUUGGUGGAGAGAGUAUCUAGACUCACUGAAAAGAAACACACACACACACACACACACACACACACACACACACACACACAUACACAUCUCCCAAGUCCAUCAGGAAAUGACAGUGUCCAAAGCUUUCAGACAGUGGCCCUGCUGCCCCAUUCCCUCUCCCUUCUGUCUCCCUUUGCUGGCAGUCAGACAAGCCACGUCAGGAGCAAGAAAGCCUACACGAGAAUCUAUCAUCCUCAUGACCCUUUCAGGGUCCCACACAGCCAGAAGGCACAAUCCCUGCCCUCUUUGACCUUGGGUUCUAUCUAAUGCAUUAAAAAUGACAACCUGAGAGGUGGGCCGGGAGAAGCAAAAAUAGAGAGGGUAUGUCAGAGUAUACAGAGUAUACAAAAGCAGGGUUUAAACUUCUUCCAUAAUCUAACCCUCAUUUAAAAGGGACCCAGAAAUUAGUUACACACACACACACACACACUCUUGACAGUAUAAUAGUAAGUAUAAUCAACUCAACACAGCUACCCCCAAGACCCUUACAUCUCCUCCUCUCCACCUUUCUUCAGUCAUUUCAUUGCACAAAAACCUUAAGAGUGUGAGGAUUAGAAAUCAGUCAGUGAUUUAUGAGGUGCUUUCUAUAUGCCAAACACUAUGACAUUUGUUGUUUACUAUGUGCCAUGCUCUGUGAUAGAAAAGACAAAAAUGAGACUGUCCCUGCCCUCAAGGAACUUACAUUAUCCUUGAGGAAAGAAGAUGGAACUCAAAUCAGGUCUUUGUUUCUUUUUUACAAUCCUAAUUAAAGGUUUGAGAGAAGGGAAGGCAGCGCUUACAAGCUCUCUAAGCUAAGGUCUCAAAAGUGGGACUUCACUUGAGGAGUGAGGCUAGAUUUUAGUUUUAUGAGAACAUCCUCCCUCCACUAGCGUGGCCAAUUAUGGGAUGUUUAUUUUAGAAACAUGCUACUCUGUCAGUCCAGAGGGAAAGCAAACCCAGUCAUCUUUCCCCUUCACCUGGCACCAAGAACUACUUACUUAAGUGAUCAGGGACUGACUACUUUCAACCUUUAUCUUUUAUAUAUAUUUACUCUUUAUAAAGAAAGCCCCCUCUUUAUUUCCUGCUUUGCAUGAAUGAAUUUUUAAGCCAAAAAAAAAUUACCACUUAACAUAUCCAUUCAUCUGGGAGGAAAACCUCAUCUUCCCUAUAUCCUUCUCUCCUUCUCCCCUCCUGUCCCCCCAACCCUGACUGAUCACUCCCAUUUGAGAUUAGACCUAGGAAAGGAAAUUAGCAACCCAGCCCUGUAUCUCCUCCUACCCCCUCCCCUCAGCCCAGCUGUCCAGUGAAGGGUAGGCAGCCCCUCCCAGAGGGCUCUCUAUCUCCAUGGCAACAGAGAAAAGGCUGCAUCCAUAGCUGGACAGGGAGGGGACUGGAGUUAAGGGAAAGAGGCCCUAUAUACUUCUCUAGGAAGGGUACUCCCUUCUCUGAGGGCUGAAGAUGCCAGAAAGGGAAGUUCCCCACUGUCCACUCUGACCGUUAUAGAAAGACCCUAUCUUUUAGCCUGUAUUCCAAUCCAUCCAGGAGCUACUUGUCUAGCCAAGAGUUACACACACACACACACACACACACACACUUAUUUCCUCAGCCUUACUAUCCAUUUCUUGUUGCCCAGGACUGCAAUAGCCCAUUAAGGACCUAGUCUGAUGAUGAAAGAGCUGGUUUGGGUCCUUUGGACCCCAGUUGACUCAAACAUAGACACCAUAGCCCUCAACUGCCUAACUCACAGGAUGAUGGAGAGCUGGCUACAGAACAGGAAAAAUCCCACCAUCCCAGGACCACCAAAUCUCCCUCAAGGCACAGCAGACUAGUUCGCUUACAGUUACAUCCUCAACAGAGCCCUGAGAAUUUAGCUCAGCUCUCAGCAAAGCAGCAGUGAUGCCUAAUGAUUAGAACAUGAGCAGCUGUGGAAAGAAUUUUGGUUCUCCAGCCCUAACUAAUCCCCAUUUUUGUGUCAGACCUCAUACACAAACAUGCACACACACACACAUUCAUACUUAUUUAACAUUUCCCCCUCCAAAUCACCACAUCACAGCCCAGAUCCCUUCUGUUCCCUCUCUGUUUCCCAACCCACACAGUCAGCAGCAGUGGCAACCCUGAGAAGGGGGCAAAAUUUCCCAUGGGAGUAGAGAAGAGGGCUUGUAAAAUGGGGCUCCACAGAACAAUUUUGCAUGGGGCUAAGAAUCCAUCAAUGAGACAUCUGCUUCUGCCUGUGUGGGUCUCAGGAGUUGCUAACAAACCAAACCCUUGAGAAGCAGCAAGAUUCCAGGAGAGAUGUGCUUUUCUGCAGCCUUUGGUUUUAUUUUUAAAAAGCACAACUCCUCUCCUGAGGCAAAUUUCACUUAUGCCACCAAUCAAAAGAAAAUGGCAUUUGUAAUCAUUACCACAGCCUUUUCUUACAUGUUUGCUUGUGGGGGGAAAUAUAAGCUUUAUGCAUUAUAAAAAGAGUAACAAAAUCUAGACUUGUGAAUUUUGUCACCAAAUGAAUAGCUAGGCCAGGAAGACACUGCAAAUGCAGGACCCUGGAUAGCUGAAAGCAACCUGAAAGGAGAGGGAAAAAAAAAUCAGCAUUCUGUAGAGUGCAGAGGACCAAAAAAUGUAGAACAUGGGCCCCUGUCCUGAUAGUAGCAAGAAUGGGAGUCCUGCUUUUGUCAGCCAAAUGGUUCUGCCAGCCCUGCAGCCCUUUUCUCUGGCUGCCCCCCAAAGUCAUUCACUCAGCCAGGUGCCCCCUUUGUCAAGACAGCUUUGGGCCUUGUCAGAAAAAUUCUCUGUGUCUCUCUCUGUCUCUCUCUCUCUCUCUCUCUCUCUCCCUCGUUGAAGCAAAAAUACAUGAACUGAAAUCAGAUGAAAUUGUAAAUGCAUGUUGCUCUUGGUAAGAAUACAGGAUUGGAUUUUGAAGUCUUUUAUUCAAAUCCCAUUCUCUUUUUGUUCUUUUUUUGGUGGGUUUCUGUUGUGCUGUGGAAUGGCAUGGGUGCCCUCUGGUGUCUGUAACUCAGUACUGCUCACUUGUCUUCCAACAACAAAUAAGGAUGAAUUGUUGGAAAAAAAUGAUCCAGAUGUAUAUACAGAUUUUUUUGCCCUUCGAAAUCCUGUCAGGGUUUUUAUGUUAGGCUCACCUUUGGGAUUUCUCAUGGUCACACUGAUUACUGUGUUUUCAGCAUUUGCUUAUCUUUAUGCUUUGAAGCAUUUCCAAGCAAGCCAGAGGCAGCAAGCAUGGCCUGGGCAUCAUUGGUGAGACAUGGAAUGUAAUAGGAAAUGAGGGUGCCUAGCAUUAAAAUCCUUUCUUAAAACAGAAAUGCUUGAUAUAUUGGCCCUGGCAGCACUAGUCUGACUUGCUGUGCCAAUAAAGUUAUUGAAAUUGAUUGAAUUCCUUUUGUUCAAGUGGAAAAACUGGACAGAAAGCUAGCAAGACCCAGAAUGACAGCUAAAUGAGGCAGCCAGAUGAACAGUCUAU